AUGGCCGCCGCAGAAUCCCGCCAGCUCCAGUUCGCCGAGGGCGCCACGUUCCCAGCGUACCGGCCGGCCCACGCCGGAGGGGCUUUCCUGCCAUCGCACAGCCCCGCGCCUGCCCUGCUCCCCGCGACCCUCGCGGGCCCCGGCCCGGACCGCGGCGCGCCGGCACCCUUCGCGGGCUUCCUCAGCUGGGGCUCCGGGCGGCCCCCGCCGCUCCCUGUCGGCCCGGGCUCGCGAUCGCCCCCCAGAGGCGCGGCCGCCCCGUCGGCGUCGCAGCGCCGCAAGCGCACGUCAUUCAGCGCGGAGCAGCUGCAGCUGCUGGAGCUCGUCUUCCGCCGGACCAUGUACCCCGACAUCCACUUGCGGGAGCGCCUGGCAGCGCUCACGCUGCUCCCCGAGUCCAGGAUUCAGGUAUGGUUCCAGAACAGGCGAGCCAAGUCAAGGCGUCAGAGUGGGAAAUCUUUCCAAUCUUCAGCUAGGCCAGAGGUUUUCCUCAACCAUUCUGCUCCUGGAACUGGAAUUGAAAUGAAAUGUUUGAAGCCCCAGCUACCUCCUGAGGUAGAAGGGAACUGCUUGACUGAUCCAAACAGGAUUGGAGGAGGCAACUCUGACUCUAGCUUCCAAGGUCAGAAGUUUGAAACCUAUUCACCUCUCUCUGAAGACAUUGCUUCAAAGCUACACUUGUGGGAGGAACACAUCUUAUCUGCGUUUGGUAACUUUUGAGGAUUUGGGAGAAUUCAGGAUACCCUCAGAGGAGUUGUGACUAGUGUGCCAGGAGCCGCACCUCAGAACACUGUCCUUUCUGACUGCCAUGUCCAGGACAUGUCCUUG